AUCCAAUGGAUCGACAUCCAGCCUCUUCUAAAGGGCUGCCUUAACACGAUUUAUCAACUGCUGCAUAUAAACUUCACGCGACUUCGGCAGUCGACAUCUUCACACCCUUUUUCUUUUUCUGCAGAACUCAAAGAACACUUUUGUGCCGCCAAGAACCAAGAUUGUUACUCUUUUGAUUCGAAAUCUUUCAACUUCCGGAUGCGAUCCGAAUAACGGACCUGGGAGCCCUUUGUAUACGACAUGACAUUCUCGUCGCCCGUGAGGCGCAAUCAGUUGCUUUCCAGCCCGGAUCGCAACAUAGCAGCAACUUUCCUUCUCGACUCGCGAAACAAUGAACUGAACCAUCGGGAUGCUCUGGCUGCAGCGCAACUAGAGCAUGACCGCGUACGCCAAGCAGCUAUACGGGUGUAUGAGCUCCAUGAGCUACAGGAGGAGCACAAGCGCAUUGUUGCUGAGGAGCGUAGAGAGGAGGAGAGGCUCAAAGCGGAAGCUGCAGUAGUUGCGGAAGAAAAAAGACUACGGGAGCUCAAGGCAAAGACGGUCCCUCGUUUACCCCCAGAGCCCGCACCGCAACCACCUUCUCCAGCCAAACCGGAACCUACGAAGACGAACGGAGCAACUCAAAUCAAAGAUGUGACACCGGCCUUAGAUGCAAAGAAACCCAUUGUCUCUCCUGCGACAGGCCCGGCAUCAGCUUCCGCUACGACAGCAAGUUUUACUCAAACGAAACCGAGCAACCAAUUCGGCACCACACAACCUGCUUCUGAAAGCCUACCACAGAAGUCAAACGGGGCUACAAUACAAUCUACAUCCCUAGCUGCUACGACCAUUCCUCAGCCCGCAGUCAAACCUGCAGCGCCCACAGUACAGCCUGUGCAGUCUAAAUCUGCACCCAGCAUUGACCGCUAUUCCCAGAUUCACCAAGAGCUCAAGAAACUACGAAAAGAGUUGCAAGCUCAAUCCAAGGUCGCCGGGUCGCCUCUUAAGGGCAAGCUGGGUGCUGCUCGACGAGAAAUUCGAGUUGCUAUUGGUCAAUUGACGGGUGGGAAGGGUGCAAAUGCCCAACCUAUCAACAAAAUUACGGCAGCACUGAAAGAGGCUUUGGAAGGCCGGAUACCAAGUCCUCCGAUUGAUGUCAGUCUCUUUGUGGUUGAUAAAAGAGAGCCCGUGGAAGGCUCUCCAAACAACGAGGCUACUCUGCCCUCACUCUUCAUAUAUCUCAUAAACAUCUGCGCCAAGGGUAUUGUCAGCCAAUUCAUUAACGAGGGUGGCGCAAAUCCUAAGGCUGCAGACCCUGUUGGUGUAUUUGCAGCUCAUAUCUUCUCCACCAAGGAAUUCCAAUGGCGAGGUCAGUCUUUAGUCGAUAUUCUCAUGGCCAAAUAUCGAAUAGUGUGCCCAGUGCUAUUCGGCCACAGAGGCAGUGACAAAACUGAACGCGGCCGUAUGGCAAUCGGCUGGAAGAAGGACGGGCCAUCAUGGAUUACCGAACAAAGCCAUAACGAUAGGAUGACUGGCUUGGGCGCCGGCUUUGCUUCUCUAUCUCUGAGAGAUUUCGGCAAAUCUUCCAAAAAGAACCCCUACCCACCCACAAAUUACUGGAGGGCGCUCGCUUACAUUGUCAACUCACCGCCCAAUGAGACGUCAAACACUCAAUAUGUGGUGCUGCGAUCCAUGAUUCAGGGACACGAGCAGCGUUUUCUCAAUUUCUACGGCAAUGCAGCUUUGGCAGCACUACGACUUGCUCUCAUCGAGUUCCCCAAGAAGGCACCGCAAAAUGCGACUGCUGCUGGCUCCUUGGCUGCUCUGGCAGAUGUGCUCAAGACCGAAUCUGGGUUGAUCUUGACUUAGCGGCGAAAGACGCCCUGUUGUAUGAUCAACCGAAUACCAACUCAAAGAAACUCUCGGCCGGGAUGUUAAAAAUUUACGAAACUGAAGACCGCUCUACUGCAAGAUGAUCCAUUCUAGGCAUCGUUCUUGGCGGCGUGUUAUAUGUUUGAUAAACUUGUUAAAUUAUAAGGUGCCAUUGGGGUACAAAA